CCAUAUAACUUCCAUAAUAUAUAAAUAUACCAUAAUAAACCAUCAAAUUUUGAUUUUUGAAAACCAUUUGAUAUUAGGUAUAUAUUUUCAUAAUGACAGAAAUGCACGACCCCGACCUACAAAAUAAAUCAAGACGUGCCACUGGAAUUUUGUCAGAAAAUCUUCAUUUUGUUGCAAACGAACCAUCCUUGGCGUUUUAUCGACUUCAAGAACAUGUACGGAAAUCUGUACCUCCUAUGAUAGAAAAACGAGUACAAGUUCAAAAACUUCAUAAGGAGUUACAGGGACACUAUUAUGAUGUGGAAUAUGCAAUAGGAGCUAUCAAUUCAAUUAAGAACUGCGAAGAACCAUUGAACAAUAUUCAAGAACAACUUAAAAAUGCUUUAUUUCUUAGUCAACAAAUCAAGUAUGAGCAUACUAGGCGAUUGAAAACUUCUCAAAUAGACAAUGAUGCACAGUCCAAGCCUAAUAAAAAUGUACCAGUAUGAUUGUUUAUAUAGCGUGUGCUUACUGUAGAUCUAUCUGUGGAAAAUCUAAAAAAGAUUCUAUGUAUAAACGGCUAUCUGCACACUUGACUACCACUCUAGACCUACCUGAAUUACCAGAAGCUAUCAGAGAUACAGCCAACAAAGUAGAAUCUAUGGUGAACAGUGCACGACAUUCUAAUAUAUACUAAUAGAGAUGUAAGUCUACUCAUAUGUAAUAAUAGUAUUACAAAUUUGUAAUGUGUAAUGUGUUUAGUAAUAAUAAUAAUAAUAAAUAUGGUAAGUGGUCACAUACUGUGUAUAUAUGUAUAGUUAUGAUAGACCCUAACACUAUGUAGUGCUAGAAGAAACUAGUAAAAAAAUGGCCAUAAUAAUAAUAAUUUUUCACUAUAGCAGUAGUUAUUCAUAAAGGUUAGAUAAUAGUAUUCGAUGGUUCAUAAUUUAAAAAUAAUAAAUAAUUACAAAAUCUAUAAAAGAAAAAAAAAUCAGUUUUUGAAAAGUAACUUUUAUAAAAUUAUUAAUAUUAUUUAAAAAGAGUAUAAGGCUGUAUAGUAGUAACAAAGUAACACCGUUAACCAAUUAUGAAUGUUUCUUUUUCGAAGGCGCAUCUCACACUGUACACAUAUAUU